UCUUUCCAACAUACGAUUAUACGAGUAAUUUGAUUUCAUCAUACAGAAGAAACCUUUUACUCCGUAUUUCCAAUUGCAAUGACCCAAACACCACCUUCUGCCCCAAAGGAUGAUUCCAAUCGCCCCGAAGCUACAGCCUCACCGAUCAAUAAACCUGAAAAUUCUCCAGAGGAGAGAGAAAAUAAGAAUUUGAGUCGAAGAGUCAAGGAUGUCGAAAUUUCCGUGCCAAUUGUUUAUGGAACCAUUGCAUUUUGGCUUGGUAGGAAGGCGACUGAGUCUCAAUCGCAUAGAUGGACUGUCUAUGUUCGUGGGGGAACAAAUGAAGAUCUGAGUGUUGUAGUAAAGCGUGUUGUUUUUCAACUCCAUCCCAGUUUCAAUAAUCCUAUAAGAGUUGUUGAUUCUCCGCCUUUCGAGUUGUCUGAAUGCGGUUGGGGUGAAUUUGAGAUUGCCAUUUCACUCUACUUCCACAGUGAUGCCGGUGAUCGGAAGUUGGACGUAUUUCACCAUUUGAAGCUAUACCCUUUAGAACAGAAUGGUCCACAGUCUACCAAGAAGCCCGUUGUUAUGGAAACAUAUGAUGAAGUUGUUUUUCCUGACCCUUCGGAACAGUUUCUUGCUCGUGUACAGAAUCACCCUGCUGUUGUUGUGCCUCGGCUUCCUGCAGGUUUGGAGUUGCCAUCUUCGGCUUCUACUGAAGAGCGCAGAGGGAGCAUGAAAGAUCACCCACUAGGCCAUUGGUUCAUGAAUUUUUCGGAAGCUGAUGAAUUGCUGAAACUUGCUGCAGCUCGUCAACAGGUACAAGCCCAUAUUGUCAAGCUAAGAAGACAAAUGAGUAUGGUGGAGGGCUCAUCCGGGACUGCGGAUCCUGCCUCUGCCUUUUAAAUGUAUUAGCUGACUUAGAAGAAAUAGCUGCCCUAGCAGCUUUUUUGAGCUUGAAAGGAUUGCUGAUGUAUGUGGUAAAAUGUAACAACGUCAAAUUCAUAGCUUAACAUGAAUUUUCUUUUCAUGUGAAUUGAGGGCUUUGUAAAUUGUAUAUUCUGGAAGUGAUAUUUGGGCACAUUAAUGUGGUUCUUACGUUUUCACUUA